GAUUCAUUUCCGGGAUAAACAAGGACAUGUGUUGAAUAAUUCUUGGGGAUGUUGUUUUCUGUCUCUACCCUUAAACGCCGUUAUUCCUGUCACCGUUUUUGGAUUACAUUACAAAUUUGUAUUUAAACGUGCAUUGUUGGGAGCUGUUAGCUAGCAUGGCGGUUUCUGCUCAUGUCUCCAAAGUCCGCUCAUUGUACAAGAGGAUUCUGGUCCUGCAUCGGUUCCUGCCCAUAGAUCUAAGAGCCCUCGGUGACCAGUAUGUGAAAGACGAGUUCAGAAGACAUAAAAGUGCAUCUCCCGAAGAGGUGAAGAGCUUCAUGGCAGAGUGGGAGAACUACAAGGCCACCCUGCAGACUCAGGUACUAGAGUCAGCAGGGGAGCGACUUGGCUCAGUCAAGUUUGGGGCCGACCUGUCAGAGAUGACCCUUAGCAACUUCCAAGAGGAACAGAUCGGCCAACUGUACGAACUUAUGCUGGAAUCCACCAAAGUCAACAGACAGUUUGACAUCCAAGAGGACAGCAAGUGAACAGAAAUGUGCUUGGACAAAUGGAAAAACAGAAGUCGCUAUGAUGAAUUCAGACCUGUCAUGUAUUAUCUCUGAGUGCCUCGUAUGAGCAGUGGUCCUCAGAGGCCGAGUAGAGGCUUUUAAGAAUAUUUGAUUAUAUUAAAGUGCUGUGUAAUAUCUCUGUGUUCCUGUGCUUCUCUUUUACAGUGACAAUAAAGAUGCUCCUUGUGCUCCUCUGCAGUUGCAUUAAGGUGGAACUAA